AGGUUAUUAUUCAUUAUCCUCAUCGUCGGAUGGAAAAGAGUUCCAACUAACUGGACUAGCUGCAGUAUGAUACGAAAAAACCCCCUUAUUCCUAUUUGCCCCUGUGAGUUCCUGAGCCUCUCUCUCUAUCCUGAUACUUCCCCCCCAAAGACUGGAAGAAGCCAAGAUUGGAGACGAGGUGGAGUCUCUUCGAACGAGAUGAUGUUGACGACCCGGAGAGAAAGGGGGGAACUCCGGGAUAGGUUGGUAAAUCCCAGAGGAAAUGCUGCUAAAAAUGACAUGCGACAGUUGAAUAGUAACUUACUAGUACAUCAAAGAACGAGAGCAGAAUUCCAAUACAUAGGGGACGGAUAGUAAUAAUACCCAACUAUCAUAUACAUACUCCGACCGGGCAGCGUCACAUCGUCUGGCUGAUGGUCGCAUUCAUUCAUCCUUUGUUUUUGAUUUUAAAUCCAUUUUUUUCUUUCUCUUCAUUUUUCCUUCUAUUUCUAUUUCUUGAAUUUUAUUUCCCUCAUUUUCAUUCCCAUUUCUUUUCCCUCGUCUGGACACCCGAAUGGUGGGGAUUAUUAACCUUUGCUUUCCCUUCAGAAGUCACUCUCGAAGUAAGUAAUAAUAAUGUAUUCUUGUGGUUAUCAUACUUAAUUGCUUCCAGGUCAGCUUUUAAUCUCGAGUACCCUAGGGUAUUAUCUGCUUGUGUCCCUUGUGAGAGGUCUCUCUUUCCUUCCCAUCUCAACUGCCCAGGUGGACUUCCCUACGGUACGCAUCCAGGCUCCCUGCAUGGUGAUUGUCAUCGUGGUGCCAUCCUUCCCCAUUCCCACACUGCAGCUACGCGUCAGUGCAUUGCCUUUCAUUGCAACAUUAAGUCUGACCAUCGGCCUCCGCUGUAUAGAUUUAUUGUCUCCUCGAGGACUCGUUCCCGCUCCCCCGACUCGUUCCCCCUUUCCCAUCUUUUCGUAUGCAUAUAUAUCGUCUUCCGUAUCUCCUCCCUCACAGAAUCUCCCGCGCAAAUACACCCAUUACCUAGAGACUAUCGACAGCUGUACUCGAUAUUCGUGAAGAUAGUUAACUAGUUACCAACACCUGCCGCUGAGUCACACGGACCACACUCCUCCACCAAGCUGCAUCCUGGUCGCUAUCUCCGCACCCCACACCUCUCUUGUUCAACUCCCGAGCACCAUGAUGGCUCCGGUCGGUCCAGUGCAGAUGGGGUUACGCAGGGACGAAGACCACGAAAAUAUCCACGAUGACCCA